AUGGCUUCAAUUUGCUGGUCAGCUGAAAACGCCACAAAAGCCUACAUCAAAACCAUGAAAAUGGUAAGUCCACAGGUGAAACACAAGCUGAAAGAGCCUGAUGUAGCCGAAUUCGUCUCUGCCCUGGCUGCAGGCAACAACGCCCAAUUGAUGGUCAUCGCUUGCGCGGCCUCAGAUUCAGGUUGCUCCGCCGCCGCCGGUCUAAUGGCGGCUGCCCAUCAGACUGGUGGAAGGGUUGUCUGCAUUUUCAGAUCGGAAAACGAAUCUCUUGAUCUCUCCAAACAUGGUUUGAACCCAGUUGGGCGGGUGGAAUUCGUUUCAGGGGAUGCGAAAGCCCUGUUGAUGAAUGAGUACAAAGAAGCAGAUUUCAUUGUGGUUGAUUGCAAUCUGAACGAACACGAAGAGAUGUUGAAUGAAGCGCGAUUGAGAUGUGCAAGGAAGAAGGGUGCUGCAAUUGUUUUGGGGUAUAAUGCUCUGUGUAGAGCGUCGAGAACAUGUGGAGGGGCAGAGACUCAACUGCUUCCCAUUGGAGGAGGACUGCUUAUGACAAGAAUAACAGCCGUAGCAGCAGCAGCUUCAAGUCAAAGACAAAGAGAUCCUAGGAUUAAUGUUAAUGGCGGUUCUAGACAGAAAAGCAAUUGGGUUGUGAAGGUGGACAAAUGUACAGGUGAAGAACAUGUUUUCAGAGUCAGAUCUCCUCGAAUCCAAGGAAUUCGACCUAUUGCCUGUUAG